AUGGAGUACCUUCUCAAGGUCAACAGGCUAGGGAAUAAUACCGUCGUGUAUGCACUAGCCCUGGGAAACGACAAGACAACUUCAUUCGAUCUCUCCACAGAGGAAUAUGUGUCUGGUUCAAAGCUCCCCUUGUCCGCCAGCUCCGAGUCAAAUGCGCUCUCCGACAUAUUCGUAUCACAAUCUCGUCUUGACGCCCUUGUCAACCUGUUCGACGUGAACAUCAUCCAGAAACUGGUACCAACUCAGCAGGAAGAAGAUGGCGAGUCAAGUCACGGUGCACAGGGCACUUUGAGAGAACAAGCUGCUGAACAGUACCCAUCUCGGGGCCCAUUACGCAGUGACCGCAGUCCCGAGCCUACUCGGCCCUAUCCAUUUGACGAUCCGCUGGCCGUUCCGUCCCAUGAUCCAGUUCCUGCAGGCGACUUCCCUCCUCCCGGGUUUGAGGAUGAAUAUGAAAUCAACCGUCCGCCACGCGGCUACCACCAAGGGCAAGGUGGAAGGCAGCCACUGAAUAUCGGCGAGAGAGAUCUCUAUCCCCAGGGCCUAGCUCCACACGAUCCACUACGAGGACACUUUGGGCCAACAAGGGGAGGGGGAGGAGGUAUGCAUCCUACGUUCGACGACCCCAUGUUCGGUGGAGGAGAGCGAGGGGGACAGGCAGGCUUCGACCCACAGGUACCGCCUGGUGCAAGGUACGACCCAGUUGGCCCUGGUGACGGUCGACCGUACGGACGGGGAGGACCACCGGGCUCAGGCUUUCCCGGUGGCCGGAGAGGAGGAGGCCCUGGGGGAGGGUUGGGAGGCUUCGGUGGCUUCGGUGGCGGUAUAAUCUAA